AGUCGGGGGUGAGUGCACUAACGUGCCUGGAGGCCGUUUUAAUGAGUGUUUGCUGGAAAACCAAAAAUACAAGAAGGAUUUGUACGUUUUCACAAUGGGGGAGUUUGCCUUCUUCUGCUUUUUAUUGUUAUCCAUCCAUUUUCUUCUGCUUAUCAAGGACUGGUUUACCCGGGCAGCAGCCUAAGCAGAGAAGCCCACAUCUCCCUCUCCCCAGCCACCUCCUCCACUUCUUCUGGGAUAACACCAAGACAUCCUCAGGCCAGCUGAGAGAUAUAGCCUCUCCAGAGUGUCCUGGGUCUGCCCUGGGGCCUCUUUCUCCUUUUCUCAUCAGCCUCUCUUCAACGUGAAGGAAUAGCAGUUCUACUCUGAGCCCCUUUUGAGUAGCUGAACUCCUCAGCCUGUCUUUAAGGGAGAGGCAACACCCUUAGAGAAAGCUCAUUUUUUUUCAUCUGUCAGUCCUCUGCUCAGCUGUCCCCAAACUCCUAAACGAGACCCAGAGAAGAUUAAACUCCUCCGCUUGAUGCUGCAAGUCAUUGUUUUUUCUUGUCUUUUUCUCAACAUUUUCCGAUAAUUCUAAAAAUAUAUGUACAACAGUUUGUUUGUACAGUCAGCAUUUGUAUAUAUACAGCAGUAUUCUCAAACAAGCAAUAGUGAACGCACCUGUGUGAGGCAAAUUCCACAAUCACAGUUCAAUCAGUCCCCCCACCCUGACACUUUUUUCCGCUUUAAGUGAGGAAAUGGAAUUAAAUCUGGACACAUCUUUAUCUUUUUUGGACAUAUCAACAUAUCUUUUUAAGGUUAAGAGAAUAUGGUCAUCAGAUUGGAGAAGCUGAACAAUCAGAGCUGUGAUAAUGAUAUUUAAGAUCUACAGAUUUGGGAUUAGCUACAGGCUCCUCCACCCCUGCUGGCUCUUCUGUCCUGCCCAGGAUGGCGCCCCCGGUGCCCCCUCGUCAGGUCCAGCAGUCCUACCGUCCAUCCAACAGCUCCUUCUCCCCUCUUACAGCCUCUAUGGGAGCUCCAUCUGUGGUGGCUACAGCCUGGGAGGAUACAGACACACACACCUCACCUUGAAGACGUCCCCCCCAGCAGACACUAACUGGGCGAGCAAGGAGGACGACCACGUGGUGGCCAGAGGAGAAUAUGACUUGACAGCUGCUUCUCAGGAGGAGCUUUCUAUGCGAGCUGGAGAGAUGCUCAACCUCGCUCCUAAAGAGCUACAGCCCCGUGUGCGUGGCUGGCUCCUGGCCAGUGUGGACGGUGAGACCACAUGCUCGUCCCAGCCAACUACGUUAAGAUCCUCAGCAAGAGAAGAGACCGCCAGGCCACAGAUAUGAGAGGCUCGCUCAGGCCCAGCAGGCAAACACGCAGGCACCCCAAACAACCUCGUCUGCACAAAUACCCUAAUGUGUGCCUCUCCUGCAGCCCAUAAACGUACAGCAUCUACCCACAUCAUGUACAGUACUUGAAUGAUCCAUCUCGUCUUUCAGCUCAGUCUCGUCAGAUUCAUUAGGCUCAGCUGUGUCCCCCUCCUGUGUGCAGUUUCCUCGUUUCCCUCUGUGUGUAUUUAUAGUAGUGAUGGCCAAACAAAGCUUUCUGAAGCAUUGAAGCUUGUGUUGAAAAACGAUUCAUUACUGGAAGCUUUUUAACACAGUCCUCUCUGGUGACAUCUGGUGGUCAAAAAUAUGAAGAGCAGCUUGAAUCUACAAAAAAACUGAACUGCUUCAUUAUGAUUGCCCACUCUACACAGUGCAAUUCACAAUUCACAAUUGGACAUCACUGAUCACGUGACUGUGGCCAAACGAAUCAAGCAUCGACAGAGUGCUUCUGAAGCGGUGUGUUGGUGUUUUUUGACACACGCGCCGGAGCGUCAGCUUCAAGCGGGCCCUCACUAAUUUAUAGCAUUUGUCCUCUUGUGUGUGUUACUGGUCCGUCUGUGCUCCUCCAUGCUGUUUUUCCUGCUUGUCAUCCUUUGUGUUUUAACUCCAUUCCCUUGUGUCCAGGUUUGUUAUUUGGUUCUCAGCUUUCCCAGUUUAGGUUUUCUUAGUUUUGUUUCUCGCCUCCCUCGCCUUUGUUUGUAUGUCACUCUCCAUGAAUAAAGCUCACUCACAUCA